AUGAUCUGCAAGCACAACGUUAGAUACGCCAAUAUUUGUCUCAACAAUGCUCCUGAAAAUGUAAUAAUAAAAUCACUUAAUAUUCAGAUGAAGAUCUUGAAGGUCCACACGUUUAUUGUAAAGAAUUGCAUCUUGAAGAAAAUUGAGGAUUUAAUCUUCUGUUUGUUGGUGAAUAAAGCACGGGAUGAGUCAACAGAAGAGCAAAUGUACCUUGUUUUCCAAUAUGUUUACAACAAAUCUGCAAUCACUUCCACACUUAAUAUGCACAUGCUUUUAUUUUCUCGUGUUUGCAAACAAGGUUAUGAUGGUGCUUCCAAUGUGGGUGGUGCAAUCAGCGAUCUCAGUAUUCUCAUCCCAGAAGAGUUUUACUUGACGUACUAUGUACAUUUUCUUGCAGGUCGUUUACAAUUGGCAAUAAUGUUUGCAGCUAAGUUUCAAUUUGAAUUUGUAUUCAUGCUUCAUCUAUUCAAGUCUAUUUUGCUGAAAACAAUGAAUUUGUCCAGUAUGCCUCAGAAAAAAGAUCAAGAAAUUGUAAAUGACAUGGACCUCGUGCACAUCACAAAGGUCAAACUUGAGAAUCUUUGUUUUGAUCAGUACUUGAUUCUUCUAACGCGUAUUGCUUUACUCAAUCCUGCAAAUCUGAAAGACGCUGUUGACUUUGGUCAGCUAAUGGCUUUAAGCAAGAUAUAUCCGAUGUAUUUCACAAAUUAUGAGCACAUGAUAAUGUUGGUUCUUACAUUACCUUUGAAUACAGCAUCAGCUGAAUGCACUUUCUCAUCUUUGAAGAUGGUUAAGACAAGACUUCUUAACAAGAAGGCCAAUCAGUAA